AUAUUUCUAUCUUUAAUUUUUAAGGUAUUAAUGUCUCCGAUAGUCCUCUGGCUAUGUCAGUCUGUAUAUUUUCCCAGAAAUCGAAAAAAUAAUAAUUCAUUUAAAAAUCGAGUUAUUCUUAUCACCUCACAUGGACAUAUAUAAGCCUGUCGCACGAGUAUGGAGUUAGUUGCAGCGGCUGACAGCGACGAGAGAGGGUUGAUGCUCUUGCGCAUCUGGAACACGUUACGUUCAAUAGUGGUCCCUCAUUUCAAAUAUUGGAUUCAGUAUUUUUUUCCAAAAUCUAAGGACACUGUACCUAAAAGAAUAACUUUGGCCGGAAAUGAACUUGCGAGUGAUACUGAAGAUCUAAUAGAAGAAGUUAUUGUGAGCAAAGAAAUAAAUAGUAGCGAAAACGAGACUCGUGGAAACGAAGAAAUAUCAGCAAGUGAAACAGACGACGUAGACAUUUUGCAAGAAGAGAGUAUCGUGUACAUCGCUGAAGUAACUGCCAAAUUGCUAGAAGAAAUGCCUCCUAUAAUUAACACUGAAGUUAACGAAAAGGUGCGGCUCCACUGCGAGUGUCUGGUGCUGAGCGACGAGACGCUGCACGACGUCUGCCAGACGCUCAACACCGAGCUCAACCGCGGCCUUGCCAAGGAAACCAACGCAGAGGCGACCAUCAAGUGCUUCCCCACCUUCGUGCAGGAGCUCCCCAAUGGCAAAGAGAGCGGGCGGUUCCUGGCGCUAGACUUGGGCGGGACGAACUUCCGCGUGCUGCUCAUCGAGCUCGGCGAGGGCAAGUUCGCCAUGGACAGCAAGAUCUACGCGGUGCCCCACGACAUCAUGGUCGGACACGGCACCGAGUUAUUCGACCACAUCGCGGCAUGCAUGGCAUCGUUCAUCAACGAGCGGCAGCUGAACGACGAGUUGUUGCCGCUGGGCUUCACCUUCAGCUUCCCGUGUGCGCAGGAAGGUCUCACCAAAGCCAGGCUCGCCAGGUGGACCAAAGGCUUCAAGUGCGCAGGCGUUGAAGGCAACGACGUCGUCGCUAUGCUCAAGGACGCCAUCGCCAGGAGACAGGACGUACGCAUCAAGAUCUGUGCCGUGCUCAACGACACCACAGGAACCCUCAUGUCGUGCGCCUGGAAGAACCACAACUGCAUGAUUGGGCUCAUCGUCGGCACGGGCACCAACGCCUGUUACAUGGAGAAACUGGAGAAGGUGGAGCUCUGGGACGGAGCCACGGACGGACCUCAGCAGGAUUUUGAUUCUGGCUUUGAGGGGGUGAUCAUCAACACGGAGUGGGGCGCGUUUGGCGACAACGGCUGCCUCGACGACAUCCGCGUGUACUGCGACCACAACAUCGACAAGGAGUCCAUCAACCCCGGGCGGCAGCUCUUUGAGAAGAUGAUCAGCGGCAUGUACAUGGGCGAAAUAGCGCGGCAAGUGCUCGUCAAACUCGUCGAUGAAGGAUUGAUUUUUGAAAACCAAAACUGCGAUGCGCUUAAGGAGAAGGGGCAAUUCUUCACCAAGUACAUUUCAGAAAUUGAAAGUGACAAGCCAGGAGACUUCAGUAACUGCCUGUCAGUGCUGGAAGACCUCGGCAUCCUAGACGCGACCCCUGAAGACUGCGCAAGCGUGCGCUAUGUAUGCGAGGUGGUGAGUCGCAGAGCAGCUAACCUGGCAGGCGCGGGCGUUGCAGUGCUGCUUAAUAGGAUCGCUCAGAAGAAAGUUACUGUGGCUGUCGACGGCUCCGUCUACAGAUUCCAUCCUUUCUUCCACGACAUGAUGGUCGAGAUCAUCAAGAGACUCGUCAAGCCUGGGAUCGAGUUUGACUUGAUGCUGUCCGAGGACGGCAGCGGCCGAGGAGCUGCUCUCGUGGCGGCUGUGGCCAACAGGAGCGCCAUGGAGCGCCAGCAGCUACUGGAGCAGCAGGCUAGAUAAGCCUCAGUUUUUAGAGACGUUGACAAUGGAAUUGUUUUACUAAACAAAAAUAAGGACUUGAUGACUCAGUUCUUUGCAAGGGCUCUCACGAUUUUCAGAACAUAGAACUCUUGUGAAGGCUAACGAUUCUGUUGAUUGCACAGGGUAUUACCAUAUACCCUACGAAAUGGGGCUUGUGAGACUAGGCAGAUUAAAUAUAAAACAGGGAAGAAUUAUUUUGCAACUAUACAGCAGCAAUCGUGCGCCUCAGAGAGAAUAUUGUACGCUGCUAAAGUCAUGCAAUCGGGCGAUAUUCGCCCCCUUCAGUAGACUGGCCUUUACGUUGGCUUAGAACUUGAGCAUGCAUUGCAGAGCAGGCCAUUCUUAUUUGCUGGCCACUAAAAUCGACUUUUUAACCAGAGUUUAUUAUGUAUUUUUCAUCGUCUAAAACCAUUAUCUUUUUUGGUUUUCAAAAACCCCAAUGCCAAGAAUCUCACUGCAAUGAGAUCAGUUACUGGGGGUGGAAAAUUUUAGGAAAAGCUGAUAAGUUUGGAACCAUCAGCAAAACAAAUAAACUUUUGCCCGUGUGAAGAUUCUUUUUCUGUAUAGCGGACGUGUUUUAUGUUUGGUUACUUCUCUGCUUACCAAGUUCUUCCCGAUGUUGGUCUGCACUGCGCGUUUCUUGGCGUGGCAUUUCUCUUGAUGUAGCUACUAUGGAGUACAGGCGCUGUCUCGUUCACGACUGUGGGUGUAGCGGAAGAUUGUAUCAUUGAACUUUGUUUGUAAGGUGAACGUUGCUAGUAGAACAGCGCCAAAAAUUAUUGCAUAUGGAUCAAAUCAAGUAUUCCAUGAUCUUUAUAAUGUACUUAAAUUGAAGUUACUUUAGUUUUUAGUGCGCUCAAUCAUUUCAGACGGCCAUAUUACUUACCAUUAUUAAAGACUAUCCAAACGAAGUGCAAUAUGACGAACACUUUAUUGAUCCUGUUUAAUGUGAUUAGAAGUGUUCGAGUUUUAUUACGAUUGUUCGUACUGAAUUAUACCCAUUUUCCACAUGGCAAUAUUGUUGGCGACUAUUAUAAGUAUAUUUUCAAUCUUGUAAAUCAUAAUGCAUCGCAGAGCCAGUAUGUGAUUUUUAUUGAAAUUGUUAAAAAUUGGUUUCAGGUUAUUCCGCCCAAAUUCAUGAUUUUCAUUCUUGACAAUUAUAUUUUAUUAGUAUUUUUUUGCUGGUAGAACACAGAAGAUGAAAAUAAUGUAUUCUAUAAAUGCUGUGACCUUCAUUGCUUGAUUGGAACAAUAAUAUAUUUUGUAAUAAUCCUAAACUUUGAUUGAAUAUUUUCUAUGCAGGUCAAUGUAAAGGUUGUUGCAUCGUGUUAGUACGGAAACUCGUUAAGUUACCUCUUACCAUUACUUAUAUGUUCUAAUAUUUCCUUCACUUGUUUCCAACGACGUAUUAGCUUCUAUAACUGGCUACAAAAAAGAGCCUCCUGGCUUUCUUGCAAAACUUGACUCCUUCCCGAUGGUAAGAAAUCAGCGCUGCAUCUAACGAUUAUGCGGGUAGAGUACAUAAUAUGGCUUUUAGGAAGUAGUGCUACAUUACGUUCUCAUAGUACACAAAGGAAGCAUUAAGAAGUGUUGGGGCUCUCGGCAUUAAUUUCAUGCAAUGACAUAUUUUUCGCUUAUACAACACAAGCAGUUUAUCGAGUAGCGCGAGGUUGAGUGCCAGCAUCUGUGGAUGCCCGUUUAUCAUUUUUCUUUCAUUCUUUUGCGUAAUGCUUGGCAGCGGUUACUGAUUCAGAGGAAUGCCAAUUUUGUCAAGAUACAAACACAAAAGGAACUUUCAGCUUCCAAACAUCUGAAGACAUGCACAAUUCAUUUGAAUAGAAUCUGAGUCAAUGAUUCCUUUACCAUAUUUAUAGCAUAUUAUUAAAGAAGUUAAUAACAAAAGCUAAUUUAUCGUUUUAAUUUUUCUGAUAUUUGCUAGUUGAUUUUAAACCUACUCCUUGCCUUUGGUGGUUGAUAACGCCCUGUUAAUUCCAAGUUCUUUAUGUGUUGAAUCAAUAAUAAUUUAGGAAAAUCAUAUGUCUCCUGAGCGGAACAUGCUACCAAUAUGUAGAUGUCGGUGUUGAAGUGAUGUAUAAGUACUUAACUUCCCGUUUUUCUCGUAGAAGACAACGUCGGACUUAACAUAUACGCUCUCGGAACGAAGAAAAUGCUCCGGUGACGUGAAAGACUGUACAGAUAAUGUAAAUAACGUCUAUCAAACGUACGUUAUAACAUGUAGCGUUUCAAUUAGUGUCGAAGUACGUAGGUAUAUUUUUAGAAAUGAAGAGUUGAUUUCCUAGGAAUAUUAAGUGGCCAUUUGUAAAUGAAGCUUUUGUGUUUGUGCCCAGCGAUGAGGGCACGUUGUUCUUGUUCUCGUCAUUGUAUGAGGCUCAUCUGCAAGCACAGAACACACGCUAUAGAAAUCCUAGCCGAUUAUAUUAUGUCAAUGUGAAAACAGGUACUU